UGACAAUUUACAAAACUACUCUUCAGUGCACGACGCAAAACAAAACAAAUCGAAAUGAAUUUUAUCACUCGAAUAGUGGGCUCACAGUUUCGCCAGGUGGUUUUAAAACACCCACCUGUAAGCUGGCAAAGAGUCACGGUGGUUCCAACACAAAAUGUGCUGCGCUACUCUACGAAAACAACGAAACCACCGGGACCCGGCACGGGCAGUGCUGGCAGCACCAACAAGAAGUCGAAAACAGCACCAAAGAUAACCCUUAUUUCGUCAGACGAAUCGAUAUCGAUAGUGAAUCUGGACGAAGCGGUCAAAAUAUCUAACCGGCGUAAUUUGAAGCUGGUAAAGAUAACCGACCUAGACACAAAGACGCAGCGCCCGGUGUACAGGUUGAUGACCGGUUCGGAAUACCUAAACGAAGACCUUAAACGCCGCGAAGAGAAGAAAAAAACCAAACAGGAUGCUUCCGUCAAGGGCGACAAGCUGCUCACGAUUAGUGCGCGUAUAGCAGAGCACGAUCUCGCCUCGAAGAUACAGAAUGUCCUGAAAUGGUUAAACAAAUCGUACGAGGUACGUGUCGUGGUUACCGGCGAUGGUGCUGGCAAUAAGGCCAAGCAGGAAGACAUCGCGCAGCGCUUCGAGGCGUGCGUAAAGGACACCGGCAAAAUAGUGCAGAAACGUCUCAGGGAAAACGAUUUACGGUUUAAUAUUACUCCAACCGGUGGCGCAACGGCUGGCAAGAAGGGACUGCUAGACAUGAAGGAAGCACCGAAUGGGUUGAAUGAAAGCCAAGCUGCCCGGGGAUUUCACACGCGGAGCUGCCUAAUGGCGUGACAAUCACAGCGAGGGGACAGAGAGACGCAAACGGCCACGAAACGGUACAAGGUGACGGGAUGUGUUGCCUUCGUUCUGUUCGCAAAGUACGCUUUCUGGGCCUAUCUACUCAGGGGCGAUAGAUGACUCGCAGGUGGGCGGGCUUUUCGUUGUAAAGUAAGGUAAGAAAUAAAGUUAGCUAAAAUCUAGAUUAAAUAA